AAGUCAGGAAUAUGGCAACUCUAAAGGACAUUACCAGGCGCUUGAAGUCCAUCAAGAACAUUCAGAAAAUUACGAAGUCCAUGAAGAUGGUUUCUGCAGCAAAAUAUGCAAGAGCUGAGAGGGAGCUGAAGCCUGCUCGAGUCUAUGGAACAGGAGCACUGGCUCUCUAUGAGAAAGCAGAAAUAAAGGCGCCUGAGGACAAGAAGAAGCACCUCCUUAUUGGUGUGUCCUCUGACCGAGGUCUGUGUGGUGCUAUCCAUACAUCGAUUGCUAAAACCUUGAAGAAUGAGAUUACCAACCUCUCAAACGCAGGGAAAGAAGUCAUGGUGAUUGGAGUAGGUGACAAGAUCAGAAGCCUGCUUCAGAGGACACAUGGCAAUUACCUCCUGCUGACAUUCAAAGAAGUGGGACGGAGGCCUCCGACCUUUGGAGAUGCUUCAGUCAUUGCCUCAGAGCUGCUAAACUCUGGGUACGAAUUUGAUGAAGGCUCUGUCAUCUACAACCGGUUCAGGUCUGUCAUCUCCUACAAGACUGAUGAAAAGCCGAUCUUCUCCCUUGAAACAGUUGCUGGUUCUGAAAGCCUAAGUAUCUAUGAUGAUAUUGAUGCUGAUGUGCUGAGAAACUACCAGGAAUUUACGCUAGCAAAUAUUCUGUACUACUCCCUGAAAGAAUCCACCACCAGCGAGCAGAGUGCUAGGAUGACCGCUAUGGACAACGCGAGCAAGAAUGCUUCUGAGAUGAUUGACAAAUUGACCUUGACAUUCAACCGUACCCGUCAAGCCGUCAUUACCAAGGAGCUUAUUGAGAUCAUCUCUGGUGCUGCUGCUCUGAAUUAAUCGGAAAAAGUGGUUCAGCCAAAUCCAAGAGGUGAAGAGGAGCUCUUCUGAGCAUAUGGUUUAACUGCCUGUGUCUAUGUUAACAAGACUGCUCUAUUAUUUUGUGAAGAAGUGGUAAAGCCCCAGAAAUCUUAAAUUCUUACAAUAAACCGCCUACGUGAAACAAA